UAGAUUAUGUUGGGGGAGAAACUGGAAUGUCAGAGAUUGAGCGGGACAAGCUCUCUUUGCAGGAGUUGAAAGGGUUUUUAGGAGAUCAUAUGGCAGUGAAGGAGAGCAUGAAGUACUAUUUCCUGUUGCCUGGCAGAGAUUUGGUAAAUGGAUUGCUUUUUUACAUGAUGAUGGUGGCUGCAUGAAGAUGUCUGACUACAUUACAGAGGGGGGAGUUGGUGAAAUAUAUGUGGAGUACAAUGGUGAAGAAGAAGAACAAGGAGAAAUAGACAGUGGGUCAGAUUUUGAGGAUGAGCUUGAUGAACUGAUGAACAUUGGCAAUGAAGAAGAACCUGAUGCAGUUAUCACAGCUGAAAAUUGUAGUGCUGAAGUCAAUGAUAAUGUCAAUGCCACUGAACAGACUGGUACUGCAGGAGAAAUUAUUGAGCAUAUAUUUGUUCCUGAUGUAGGUGGUGCGAUUUCUCAGGUGAUAAACAGUCCAUUGAAGCAAAAUGUGAGAGUUGAUUAUCCUACUCAGAGUUCUCAAGUUCUUAAUGUAAGUCAACCAUGUCAAGCAGCCGAAGACAUAUCUGGUUCAGUUGCUAAAGUGGCAGAAAAUGGUUCAGAUUCAGAGGACUCAGAGGACUAUGAGUAUGUGCCACAUACUGAUGAUAGUGGUGAAGAAUCAGAGGUUGUUGAGAUGAGAAAACAUGCAAGAAAAUUUAGGAAAAAGAUGGGAGAUUCCAAGAUGUGGGCUGAUGCAGAUGCAACAGGGGCCGUGCCCAUUGAUUUGGUAGCAAAUGUGGAGGAAGUUGUGGAGGACAUGGAGUUUGAGUCAUCAGAUGAAGACUACUCCUAUGAUGAGGAUGAGGAUGGCAACAUGGUUAGGAGGAAGAGCCAGUUUGUGAGGUUUAACCUAGACUCUGACAUUCCUCAUUUUAGUCUUGGAAUGAUUUUUAAAAGUAAGAAACAAUUGACUAGAGCUAUGAAGAGAUAUGGGCUUGCUACCAAAAGAAGCAUUUCAUUUUUAAAGUCAGAGGAGGCCAGAGUUAGAGCAAAAUGUGAUUGGCCUGGGUGUCCCUGGAUGUUGUAUGCAGCUAAGACCAGCAGGUGUUCUAGGUUUCAAAUCAUCACAUUUGAAGAUGAACACCAAUGUGCACAAAACAGAGACAACAAACUGGUUACUGCUAAGGUCAUUGCCAAAAGGUAUGAGCACUUCAUCCUGGCAAAUCCUUUGUGGAAGAUUGAUAGUAUGAAAGCCAUAGUGAUGAAAGACAUGUUUGCUGAUGUGUCCAUUUCAAAGUGCAAGGCAGCAAAAAAACUUGUACUUGACCAGCUGAUGAGUGGAAUGAAAAGUGAGUACAACAAGGUGUUUGAUUAUUAGUUGGAACUUCUUAGGAGCAACCCUGGGAGUACUGUGGUUGUUUGCUUGGAUCCAAAAGAGAAGGAAGAAAAUAUUUUUCAACAAUUCUAUGUAUGUUUCAAUGCUAUGAAGCAAGGGUUUAAAGCUGGGUGUAGGAAAGUGAUUGGGCUAGAUGGUUGUUUUUUCAAGGGAGCCUGCCAAGGUGAGCUACUGGCUGCAAUAGCCAGGGAUGCAAACAACCAAAUGUAUCCAGUAGCUUGGGCUGUUGUGGAGAAGGAGACAAAUGAGAGUUGGGCCUGGUUCAUUGGUCUUUUAAUCAAAGACUUGGACAUUAACGAUCAAGGAGCUGGAUGGGUCUUUAUUUCUGAUAAGCAAAAGGGCUUAAUUAACAGUAUGAGAGACUAUCUGCCUAAGGCAGAGCAUAGGAUGUGUGCUAGGCACAUCUAUGCUAACUGGAGAAAGAAGCAUAAAGAUCAUCAAUUGCAGAAAAGGUUUUGGGCAAUUGCUAAGUCUGCAAACAGAGAAGACUUCAACUACAACAAGGCCAAGCUUGCUCAACUAACUCCAGAAGGUCCAAAAGAUAUCAUGAAGACAGACCCAAAGCAUUGGGCUAGGGCUUUCUUUCCAAUAGGAGAAAAUUGUGAGUCAGUUGACAACAACCUUUGUGAAUCAUUUAACAAUGCCAUCAUAGAAGCUAGGUUCUACCCCAUUAUUUCACAGCAAGAAAAGAUUAGGAAAAAAUGAUGGUUAGAGUUCAAGAGCAGAAAACCAAGAGUGAGAAGUGGAAUGGCAUAAUUUGCCCAAACAUCUUCAAGAAGAUUAAGGCCAAUAUCAAGAGAACUCAGUUCUUGGAGGUGCUCUGGAAUGGAAAGGAUGGUUUUCAGGUGAAGCAUUUAAAUAGCAGAGGCAGGA